ACCGAGCAGUGGACAGAGUGGACACAGGCAGCCAUGCAGAGUCGACCUGUCCGCUUCCGGUGAGAUGGAGAAGAACCCGGCUGAGGAUGACUGCGCAGACUCCGGAGCGGAGACCGCCGGGUCAGACUACAGCCCCAUGUCAUCUGCAAGCAGUGAUUUGUCCAUGGGGGACCUACAGGACCCCUUCCUUGUGUCCAUUCACAUCAUCGCAGACCCAGGUCAAGCCAGGACACUUCAACGCGCCGCUGACCAAGUCCUGUCCUGGCUCCACCCGGAGCUCACUCUCUUCAGAGUGUCAGAGCGCGCGGCCGGGCUGCCAAGGAGGUCCAAGCUCCGGCCGGACACUCCCUCGCCCCAGCCUGCCUUGGCCGUCAUCCUCUUCCUGCAGGAGGAGUACGGCGGCGAGGAGAGCCAGGAGCGCCUCCACGGUCAGCUGAGACGACCACCGUGGCGCUACCACCACACCGAGCGAGUGAACGGCCGUGGCCUUUUGCCUCUUUCGUCUGCCAGCCAGGACUUCUUCACUCUGGCCCCCGGCACGCCGCUGUGGGCCCUCCGGCAGGUCCACUACGGCAAGGAAAUCGUCCGCUUCACCAUAUACUGUCGGCACGAAACCUACAGCGAGCAGGUGCAGCUGUACAGGCUGCUGCUGCGCCGCAGGCUAGCCCAGAGGAAGGAGGACUUCUGCUUCUGCGUGGUCUACUCCAACCGCGACACGGAAAUCCAGCUGUCCUUCAAACGGCUGCCGCGGGGACAGAAACCCACCCCCACAGAAUGCGCCAUAAUGGAGAUACGUGUGAGGGACGUGGGGGGGCUUGUACCGCUGCUGCCGCAUCCCUGUACGCCCAUCAGCGACAUACGCUGGCAGACAGAGGACUACGAUGGGAACAGGAUACUGCUGCAGCGCCGCUGA